AUGGAUAGUCGCUGCCAAGUGGAUUUGAUUGACAUGCAAUCUCAGGCAGAUAAUGAAUUUAAGUUUAUUAUAGUUUACCAGGACCAUUUAAUAAAUUUUGUGUUACUACAACCACUUCAGAGCGAAAGAGUGGAAGAGGUUGUGGUGAAGUACUUGAUAUAUUUUGGAUAUUUCGGGCUCCUUGCAUAUUUUGGAUAUUUCGGACUCCUUGAUAAUGGAAGAGAGUUCGUAAAUUCAGUUAUAGAGCAGGCACAUACGUAUUGGCCAGAAUUGAAGAUUGUUCAUGGAACACCUCGUCACAGCCAGUCGCAGCGUUCGCUUGAGAGGGCCAACCAAGAAAUAGAAAAUAUGUUGGCUUUAUGGUUGAAGAAUAAUAAAACUUCAAAGUGGUCUUCGUUUUGUCCAAUUCAUGAAAAACUGAGCUCUACAUUCAGGAAUUAA